AAUCAAAUAGUCUUUUCGUCUGCCAGUUUACGUGUCUUACGACGAAAAUAUAACCUAAUAGUGAUUCUCAGACUAGUUUAUCAUUAAGCUGUAUAUUAAUCAACAGAUAUAUUAAAGUGAGCAUAAUAGUUUUAAUGCAAUGGCAAACGACAGGGAGGUACUUCGGGAAAUCUGGGAUGGCAAGAUCCCAGUCUGUUUUACUUUAAAUUCUGAGGAAAUUUGCGAUUUGCAAGGACCAGAUCCAUUUUAUCUGAUGGUACCUAGAUUAAGUUAUUUUCCACUAUGUACAGAAAAGGUCAGAAAACAUUUUAUACGGCAUAUACAAAGUGACAGUAAACAAGACCAUGAGAUGUGGCUGGAAUUCAAUGGAAUGCCAUUAAAGUGGCAUUAUCCAAUUGGUGUUUUACUAGAUAUUUAUUUUAAUGACAUUCAAUUACCUUGGAAUAUUGUCGUCCACUUUGAUAAGUUUCCAGAAAAUGUUCUAAUGCACUGUCAAAACAAGGAAGUUGUAGAGGCACAUUUUCUCUCCUGUAUAAAAGAAGCUGAUGUUUUGAAGCAUAGAGGUCAAAUUGUCUCCAGUAUGCAGAAAAAAGACCACACCCAGCUAUGGAAUGGCAUUAUGAAUGACAAAUUUGAUCAAUUCUGGUCGGUGAACGGUAGGCUUAUGGAAACCAGUACUGAAGAGGGAUUUAAAUAUAUACCUUUCCGUUGUUAUACAAGUGAAGAUAAAUACGUACAACGACUCGUAAAACCAAUGAAUGAAGAGGGCCAAAGAAAGACUUUGAAGACUUUAUUAAAUGAAGUAUUCCCAGAUCAAGAAAAUGUUACAGUGCGCACUCAUGGCAUUAUUCCACCAUUAGAGACGCCGCUUCAAUGGAUGUCGGAACAUUUAAGUUACCCAGAUAACUUCCUACAUUUAAUUGUAGUCACAUCGUAAUAUCUAUUGAGGAACAGAAAAUUCAUUAUAAGUGAUAAAAUAAUUUUUCUGUGAUUAUUAUGUACAUUGUUUAUGUUGUUUUAUGGUGUAUUUAUUUUAUAAAAAUCUUCCCAUGAAAAUUGAUAAUUAUAAAAUCAAUUGGCCUACCAAAAACUAUGAUG